AGGUGAUUGACAUUUAAGUGAAGUGAAGUGUCGGAACAAUCUGAUUCAUUUAUUAUACACAAAUAAUGAUGCAUCGAAGUUAGAAUAAAAGAAGUUUCAUUUGUGGAAGUUAAUAUUUAUGUCAAUUGGACCAUUUUCGUUUCUGUGCCGACUCAUAAGCGAAUAAAGACCAACCGAAAAUCAUGACAUUACCAGAAUUUUACGGAUGUACAUUCCUGGCUUUCGGGCCGCCUUUAGCAAUGUUUAUUUUCACAAUUGCACACGAUCCAAUUCGAACGAUAAUAAUGAUAGCAGCCGCAUUUGUUUGGCUACUCUCUUUGUUGCUGUCCUCUUUGCUGUGGUUUGCAAUCGUACCACUACGGGACGCGACCGCUUUCGCGUUGGUCUUCUCAGUGCUAUUCCAGGAAGCUUUCCGGUUUCUCAUCUACAAAAUUCUACGUAAGUCGGAGAGAGGACUACAGGAAGUGGCGGACAGUCCGCAAAUAGUUGCCAACAAACACAUAUUAGCGUAUGUAUGCGGUCUAGGAUUUGGCAUAAUUAGUGGACUCUUUGCCCUAGCAAACAUCUUGGCCGAUGCGGCGGGACCUGCUACCGUUGGUCUAAAGAGUGGAACACCGGGCUUUCUAUUGGCAAGUGCUACGCAGACAUUGUUGAUGAUACUGUUGCACACGUUCUGGGGCGUAAUCUUUUUCGAUUCGAUCGAUAAUUCAAAUCGUGCGAACACUGCCUACGUUGUGGUUAGCCAUUUGUUUGUGUCGGCGAUAACGUUGUUGAACAAUAGUGGACAAUUGUAUGCGGUGACACUUGGAUUGAAUGGCGUCGUUACGUUAAUCACUGGCGUAUUUGCGUUUCGCGUUGUCGGCGGGUCGUUGUUAACGUUUAAACGAUUCGUAACGUGCAAGUAACGUUGGUAAUUUUUCAUCGCGUAACAAUUCCAUCGACAUUUCUAACAAUUAUCUUGAUAUUAAUAAAAUCGUAAUCUUAAUGAAGAAA